ACUAGAAGGAUUCAAAGAUGAGUACUAGUGCUGUUUCGAAUGCUAAAGCUGUGGCAAAUAAGAUGAAUGGGCACAGAAAUAAGGCGAGAGAUGAUCAGAAAAGUUGCUUUCAGAUGCCUCUUCAUUAUCCAAGAUACACGAAGGUCGACUACGAGGACAUGCCGGAGUGGAAGCUCGACCGCCUUUUUGUCGAGUAUGGCUUGCCGGUGAUCACCGGAGAUCUCGACGGCAAGAGAAAGUUUGCCAUUGGUGCCUUCCUUUGGUCUCAUCAGUAAACUUUUGUAAGGGGAAUAUAUAUGAAUUGUUGGUAUGUUAAAUAAUGGUUUUUGCUUUUUCUUGCUCAUAAAGUU